AUGAGAACAAAAGGAAUUCUGUCAGAGGACUGUCUUGGUGUGUGUCGCAAAGAUAAACGGAGAACUGCCAAAGUCGUCAUCAGUGGGAUAAUUCUCUUCAACACGUUUGUGGUUGGUUUUAUUGCCGUCUUUGCCAUCGUAGACAGUGCAAUAUCAUCGCGCACACAGCAGGAUCCUACAGCGUUGAAUGUAGCCUUGGAUAAGGAGCAGUCGCAAGAGAGUGACGCUGAUGCUUCACCUGAUCUACAGUUCCUCAGUCGACUGAAGCCAGUGUCACACUUCUCAGGGCUAGAUUUCGACAUAAGAACAUCAGGACAAGACGGUCUCCUCACAGCCGUGCGAUCCAUCACGGUACCGGCAGCAGGAGUGUACCACAUCACAAGUCAUGUCAAGUUCUACGUCGAGGACAACAGGAAGGAUGACAAGUCACUCCAAACAUUCCAGCACCAGGUUGUCCGCUAUAGCGCCUCCAGCCAGACACAGGUCGUGUUGUUUGAGAAUGCUGUGACUGAGUGUAAAGAGGGCAUCAACGACGGAGCUCACCUGGAGUACCCGAGUGAUGCUGGUGGACUGGCUCAGUUAGAUGCUGGAGAUAAUGUCAUAGUGAGGGUGUCCCACUUACAGACACUGAAGCAUGAUCGCGACUGGCACUAUGUUGAUAUACAUAUUGUAUAA